AUGCAAUCAAUCGCGCCGGCACCUGUAGCACAGAUGCAGAAUCAGGAAAUGGGUGCAGACAAUGAUUUAAGAGUUCAGCUCUUGAACUUGACUUCGCAUUCCCAGCAGCACAACACUCAGACACAUGGCUAUAAUCACGACGUGCAAGCUUCGAGCAGUGCUUCACCUCACGAUCAUAAUAUAGAUCCUGCCAUCGGUGGACAGAUGAUGUCGGAAAGCGGAGGAGAUGAUGCAGAUGGUCGAAAGGGUGGAAAACGCGAGCUUUCUCAAUCAAAGCGUGCUGCUCAGAAUCGCGCAGCUCAGAGAGCAUUUCGUCAGCGUAAAGAAGGAUAUAUCAAGAAGCUUGAAGAGCAAGUUCGUGAUUUUCAUACAUUGGAGGAUAAUUACAAAGCUAUUCAUGCCGAGAAUUACUCUCUGCGCGAGUACAUCAUCCGACUACAAUCUCGACUCAUCGAAUCCCAAGGAGAAUUUCCACAACCACCACCAAAUAUCAACUUAAGCCAUUCAUCAUCGCACCCUCACCCGCAACAAACUCAACAAAGACAAAUGGAGUCAUUAGAUCACAUGCAGCGACACGAAGCUCCCAUCGCCCCAAUGGCCCCCAUGGGCUCCCUCCAUGCCGCCGCCGCCAGAACUCUAGCAGCAGCCAGUCUUAAACACCCUAGUGAAGAGCAGCAAAUUCAACAACAGCAACAGCAACAGCAACAGCAACAGCAACAACCCUAUGCUCCUCAUCAAGACACCAAACGCUUCAAGGACGACGAAACCAAUGAUGAGAAUCUUAUUCGCUCACAAUUGGCCGCAGGCCAACUAAUCGCUGAUGGUCUACCAACUUCUAUGUCCAUGUAG